ACCUGAGAUUGCAGAGACGCUCAGACAGUGAUAGACAGACAGAUCUGAGUCGGGAGAACGAGUCGGGAAAACGAGUUCGAGGACGAGUUCGAGUAUGUACUUAGGGAGCUCUGCUGUUUGUUGUUGUCAGCAAUUAAUGGUUUAAAGUUCGUCCAGUACGCAUUGAGCGUGAAGAUUGUCCCCACCGUUAGAUCGCAUCUCUGAAACUCCACACCAACCGUCCGAUUUAUUCCCUCUCUCCCUCCCCCUCUCUCUGUCUCUCUCUAUCCUCUCCUCCGAGCUUAGCUCUAAUUCUGGAGUCGAAGCAGAAGACCUUCACUGAAACCGAUCGGUCUACAAAAUUCUCGAGUCUCUCACGCGGCGCUUUCUCGGAUUUGAGCCCUGUGACGGCUUUCUUAUGACGGAGCUCAAGAACAAACUGUUUAAGAGGGUUUCAGAGUUUGAGAGACAAAAAUAAGUGGAUAUUUUCUCCGUAGCGAAGACAUUUGGGCGACAAAUUUUGGAUUUGAUUUCUUCUAAAUUGGUUACCCCUUUGAGGAAUCUCCAGACAUAUCACAGGGUUUGAAGGCAAAGAGGGCUAAAAUACUCUAUAACUUCAUUUUCAGACAAAACUGGAAGGAACCAUAUAGUUAGAAUUAGAAAGAGAGACAGAAAGAGAAUCAAUGGAAGAUUUUUCAAAAUACACUCAUAGUCCAGUUCAUUUGGCGGUGGUGCGCCGUGACUAUGCCGCCUUAAGGCGCAUUAUCUCUACCCUGCCACGGCUCGCCAAGGCUGGAGAGGUUAAUACUGAAGAGGACUCUCUUGCUGCUGAGCUCCAGGCUGAUGCCGUCUCAACUGUUAUUGAUCGUCGUGAUGUUCCAGGGCGUGAGACUCCUUUGCACCUUGCAGUACGCCUCCGGGACACCAUAUCUGCAGAGAUUUUGAUGGCAGCUGGUGCGGACUGGAGUCUCCAGAAUGAGAAUGGUUGGAGUGCUCUCCAGGAGGCAGUGUGCACUAGGGAAGAGUCAAUUGCACUGAUCAUUGCAAGGCAUUACCAACCUCUCGCUUGGGCAAAAUGGUGUCGUAGACUGCCACGUAUUGUUGCCUCAAUGGCUCGUAUUCGUGAUUUUUACAUGGAGAUAACUUUCCAUUUUGAGAGCUCAGUCAUUCCAUUUAUAGGUCGUAUUGCUCCAUCAGAUACUUACCGCAUUUGGAAGCGCGGUUCUAAUCUUCGUGCUGAUAUGACCCUUGCUGGUUUUGAUGGUUUCCGGAUUCAAAGGUCGGAUCAGACAUUUUUGUUUCUCGGAGAAGGGUACUCUUCAGAGGAUGGCAAUAUGACUUUGUCACCGGGUUCUUUGAUUGUUCUUUCCCAUAAGGAGAAGGAAAUUACAAAUGCUUUGGAAGGUGCAGGCACCCAACCAACAGAAGCAGAAGUUGCACAUGAAGUGGCGUUGAUGUCGCAGACAAACAUGUAUAGGCCUGGUAUUGAUGUUACGCAGGCUGAGCUUGUUCCCCAUUUGAAUUGGAGGCGACAGGAGAGGACUGAGAUGGUUGGAAAUUGGAAGGCCAAAGUUUAUGAUAUGCUUCACGUUAUGGUGAGCGUGAAGUCAAGGCGGGUUCCUGGUGCUAUGACAGAUGAGGAACUUUUUUCCGUGGAUGAUGAAGAAAGGUUGGCAAAUGGUGAUAACAAUGAUGACUAUGAUGAUGUUUUGACCGCUGAAGAAAGGAUGCAACUGGAUUCUGCACUACGAAUGGGGAACUCAGAUGGUGUUUGUGAGGAUGAGGAACAUGGGAUUGUCGAAUUCCAAGAAAAUGGUUCGGUAGGUUUCAAUGAGAAUGGUGAAUCCAAUGGUGCAAAAGAGAAGAAAAGUUGGUUCGGUUGGAACAAAAAAGGUUCAAAGAGUAAUGUUGAGGAUCCUGAAGACUCCAAGAUUUUGAAGAAGUUCUCGAAGUUGGCCCCAGAAGGUAGCAAUCAGAAACCAGUGGAUCAUCAAAAAUCAUCAACGGAAUUUGCCAAGGAGGAUAUGGGGGAUGCCAAGAAGGGAAAAGAUAAAAGCAGUAAGAAGAAAAAGAAGAAAGGGGCCACUAGUGAAUCGAAGCUUGAGAGUGAAUACAAAAAAGGUUUGAGACCAGUCUUGUGGUUGACACCAGAUUUUUCUCUGAAAACAGAUGAGCUACUGCCUUUACUUGACAUCUUGGCCAACAAGGUCAAAGCCGUUAGGAGACUCAGGGAACUUUUGACAACUAAACUUCCACCUGGGACGUUUCCUGUCAAGAUAGCAAUCCCAAUUGUCCCCACUAUAAGAGUCCUUGUUACAUUCACUAAAUUUGAAGAACUUCAGCCAUCAGAGGAGUUUUCAACCCCUCUCUCCAGCCCCGCACAUUUCCAGGAUGCCAAGUCCAAGGAAUCAGAGGGGUCCACGUCAUGGAUUUCAUGGAUGAGAGGGAGUCGUGGUGGGCAAUCUAGUGACAGUGACAGUCACCGGUAUAAGGAUGAGGUUGACCCUUUCCAAAUACCAUCAGACUAUACAUGGGUUGAUGCAAAUGAGAAGAAGCGCCGCUUGAAGGCAAAGAAAGCCAAGAGCAAGAAAAAUAGGAAACAUGCAGCAGCGAGAGGUGGGGACGGUGGACAUCAUGUCAGUGAGGAUGUAGAAGAAUAACUACCUCAAAAUCUAUUUCAUGCUUUGCCACUGUUUAGGUCCCGACUAUGAGGAGGGAGAGGGAGGUUAACUCCUCUGCGCAGCUGACCUUCAAUUUUCCCUUUGGAUAAUUUGGUUGGUGGAUGAUUGUUUGGAAAUCAAUUUGUUGUUGAUUAAGAAGGGCCUUUUCUUCUUGAUCAGUUGUAUUUUUAUGUGAAGUGAGAUCAUCGAGGAACAGAGUCUUCUCGUUUCUCUGAUAGCGUGUUUCUUCCAAUUUUUCGUUGACACCAAUCUUUGUAUCUAAUUCAAGUAACAAUGUUACAUUUUUUCUUUUUUGUGAUUGGUAUUCUGUCAUUCUAGCGCAAGUUAACAACUAUUCUUUUCA